AAGUGUGUUUUUUCUCUUUUGUGGAGUAAAGUGAAGCUGCUGAAGCAGAAGCCCAAAGAGAAUAGCCAGAGGGGUCUUAAGCACCAAAUAAGCAGAGAAAAAAACCAGAACCAAGCAAACGCAGAACAAAUGGCUCUGAAAUUGAAUCCCAUCACUUCUCAAUCUCAGAAACUUCCGUAUUUUGCUCUUCCACCAAUGGCCAGCCUCAGAUCUCCCAAGUUUUUCAUGGCCUCCACUCUUCGUUCUGGCUCCAAAGAGGUUGAGAAUGUCAAAAAGCCUUUCAUGCCUCCUCGGGAGGUGCAUGUUCAGGUCACCCACUCCAUGCCACCACAAAAGAUUGAGAUCUUUAAAUCUUUGGAGAACUGGGCUGAGCAGAACAUUUUAGUUCACCUCAAACCAGUUGAGAAAUGUUGGCAACCCCAGGAUUUUCUUCCAGAUCCUGCUUCUGAUGGAUUUGAUGAGCAAGUAAAAGAACUAAGGGAAAGGGCUAAGGAGAUUCCAGAUGAUUACUUUGUUGUUUUGGUUGGUGAUAUGAUCACAGAGGAAGCCCUUCCAACUUACCAAACAAUGCUUAAUACCUUAGAUGGAGUUCUUGAUGAAACGGGUGCUAGCCUCACCUCUUGGGCAAUUUGGACGAGGGCAUGGACAGCUGAAGAAAAUAGGCAUGGUGAUCUACUUAAUAAGUAUCUCUACUUGUCUGGAAGAGUGGACAUGAGACAAAUUGAGAAGACAAUCCAGUAUUUGAUUGGAUCAGGAAUGGAUCCCCGCACAGAAAACAGCCCUUAUCUUGGAUUCAUCUACACAUCAUUCCAAGAAAGGGCAACUUUUAUCUCCCAUGGGAAUACAGCCAGACUUGCCAAGGAGCAUGGGGACUUUAAGUUGGCUCAAAUAUGUGGGACGAUUGCCUCGGAUGAAAGGCGCCAUGAGACAGCUUAUACUAAAAUCGUGGAAAAGCUCUUUGAGAUUGAUCCUGAUGGUACUGUCCUGGCCUUUGCUGACAUGAUGAGAAAGAAAAUCUCGAUGCCUGCCCACUUGAUGUAUGAUGGCCGAGAUGACAACCUUUUCGACCACUUCUCAGCUGUUGCACAAAGACUUGGGGUUUACACUGCCAAGGACUACGCUGAUAUUCUGGAGUUCCUGGUGGAGAGAUGGAAGGUGAAGGAGCUGACUGGACUUUCAGCGGAUGGGCGUAAAGCUCAAGAUUAUGUGUGUGGACUUCCUCCAAGAAUCAGAAGGCUAGAGGAGAGGGCUCAAGGGAGGGCCAAGCAAGCACCCAGUAUUCCGUUCAGUUGGAUUUUUGAUAGAGAAGUGAAGCUCUAGGUCUUAAAAAAGAAGAACCAAUUUUUCUGUGUCACUGUGUGGCAAGUGUCUUCUCAUUCAAGGAAAAACAGAGCUAUAGAGAAACAUGAUCAAGCUGCAACUUCUCUUUAAAUUCCAUUUUUAAUGUGGCAUAUGUAAGGGGAGGAAUUGUUUGGGAGGUGUGUGGCUUCGGUUGGGGUGUAGAUACAGUUGUUUCUGGGUGUGUGGUGUCAUUGGAUAAUUGAGAUAGGGGCUGCUGUAGCUUUUGAUGUUGUGUUGUUUUAGAUAGUCUCGUCCUCGCUCGAGUUUGUGUUGUUCCUUUUGGUUCUUUCUAUAGUUUCCAGAGUCUAAGCAAAUAAUCUUCUUAUGGCAAUUUUGGUGAUAAUGAUGGCAAUACCCCAUAGUUUGCAAUAAGAAAUUCCUUUUCAAUACAUUUCAGUGACUCAA